UGAGAAGGUACCUUGGUAGCUACCUGUUCUAAUUUGAUAAAACAAAAUCAAUAGAGGUAAUGAUUGUUCACAUUAGUAUUUACAAUAAAUCAUAAGCGUCGAUGAUCCACGCUGAAUCAGCGCAUACAUUGAUGGGAGGAAAUGUUGUUUGCGACGAUAAUCAUAUGCAGUACGAAACAAGACGUAGAUUGUCCUGUUCAUCUCUUAUUAUUGUGUUAGCCGGUUCCGAUAUUGAUCGUGUUUCACCAGACGUCUGGGGUUAAAGAUGACCAUUAUACAAUCUAAUAGUUGCUACAUCGUGGUUUGGCGGGGGACUGGUAUACCCUGAAGGAUCUGGUUCUGAAGGUGAUGAUGGUGCAGGUGUAGCAGAUCGCUCCAGGGUACUCUCAUCAUAUAUCUGGUGGUUCAUCUAUAAUAUAACAUGGAGUCUGAAUUAACGAAGAAGGAAUUCACAGCACCUUAUGUAAUAUCGUUUAUUACGGAAUUAAUUGGUAGUGCAAUCAUGAUAUUCAUGGGAUGCAUGGGGUGUAUAAUGGGAUUCGAUUUGGGUCCCGUGAUUCCUUCAUUUUCUUUCGCAUUCUCUGUAAUGAUGCCAAUCCAGAUAUUUGCCCACAUAAGCCCUGUCCACAUGAACCCAGGAGUAUCUAUAGGCUUUGUCAUUUUGGGACUGAUGGAAUGGAAAAGAUUCUUGGUGUAUGUUUUCGCUCAGUAUAUUGGUUGUUUCUGUGGAUAUGGAUUACUAAAGCUCGUUACUACCUAUCUUGAAGGAAUGUGUAAACUCCACUUGAAAUAUGGCAUAAAUGUCGCUCAAGGGUUUUUCAUGGAAUAUUUAAGCUCUUUCAUCCUGUUCCUGGUAGUUUGCGGUGCAAUAGACAGAAAAAAUGCAACGUUAAAAGACUCGUUUUGCCUACGAUUAGGAUUCACGAUAUGCGGAAUAGUUUUCGCCUUGGAGACAUUCACUGGAGCAGGAUUGAAUUCAGCUAGAAGUCUUCCACCCGUCAUUUUCGACAUGGACUUCACUGAUCAUUGGCUCUACGAGGUUGCUCCUAAUUUGGGAAUGGCUACUGCUGCCGUCAUAUACCGAUUUGUUUUGGAUGCUAAUGAAUCUAAAUCAUUUCAUUCCUUCCUACUAAAGAAGUUUAAAACCCACGAAAUUGAUCAGUUAUGAAAACACUUAUUAGGUACCUGCCUAUAUAUACCAUAUGAAUGUAGACGAACUGAAAUAAAUGUGAUAAGAAGUUAA